AUGGAACAUGAUUCAGAAAAGUCUUUAAAAGAAUUUAUCCUAAAUGUCUUGGAUAGUGAUGAUCAAGGAGAAUAUUCCUCUGAUGAAUCAUUGCCUCUGGCGGCGACGCCUGUGGACGAGCCAUAUGCUAUUUCUGUGGAUGAGGUCCACCCUGAAGAAACCGAUUUGUAUAGCGAGGCAGUGCGGCAGUGCGGCAGGCUAUUUUCGAUUCUUUUGCAGCUCAGGGAAUACUACAAUGAUUAUACGUAUAUGAUGAUGGUGAAAGCGACAUUUGCUUUCAUUGCCAGUACAUUUGCAGAGCAGCGGUUUUUGACUCAAUCAAAGGGACUCCCAGUCGACUCUCUUCGAGACCAACGAGAUGAUUCAGGAUUUGGGCUAUUCUUUGUGCUAGCGCUGUUUCCUCGUGAAUAUGGCAUCUUGCCCAAAGAGAAUAUGCCCGUGAUCCGGAUGAUGGUGGACUAUGCCAACGAUGCGAAUGAUGUUCUUUCCUACUAUAAGGAAAGUAUUGUUGGUGAUGAACCUGCCAGUGCGUUUAUACUAUAUAGUCAAAGCAGCGGUGUUUCGCGAGCCGAGGCAUUGCAACAGUACAUCAACUUGUCAAAGAGAGACAUUCAGAGGAUGGAGGAGUAUGGGUGUUCAGCAAAGAUAAAGAAAAUCAUGAGAAGAUUUAUCUAUAGUUAUGUUAGAUGGCAUGUUGAUUCCCCGCGGUAUCAACUGGAUGAAAUUCUAGGUGAUGCUGGAGUAUAUGAAGGGAAUCCAACAAGGGGGCCUUGA